UUUACUCUUUUGCCACUAUUUACAAGUCGCUCUGGCCUUCCAAAAUAGAUUUAGCUUUUAUUUUUCAUUUAAUUGGAUCAUUGACAUGAAAAGCUUAAUCAUCUGAAGCCCUACAAGAGAUCCACGUCUUAGUAGGAGCACUACGUUCUCCUUUGGACUUUUAAACGCAGAGACUGUUCUAAUAUUUCACUGAAAUUCCACUUCUGGAUACACUUAAGAUUGGGAUUACACCAUAUCACUGCAGAGAUGGAAGCACGGACCUCCACCACCACCACCACUGUGCUCGAGAGCAAAGGAGGUGAGUCACAUGCUGCAGCUACUCGAGCAUCUAAACGCACCAUGAUGGAUGAUCUGUACAGCACCUUCAGCUCGCCUGUGGCCUGGGUACUGGUCCUGGCCCUCAUCAUCACCUGGUCUGCAGUUGCCAUUAUUGUUUUUGACCUUGUAGACUCUAAGACCCUGGAAGCCCAUACAUUAUACUGUGACGACCCCUGUUUGCCACCUGGACCUCAGGCGGCGAGUGCCAGGAAAGCCUUCAAGGAGGCAGGCAGCCUUAGAGGAGGUAUUCAGCACAUGAGCCGAGAACCUGUGGAGUCAGUGCACAAAGCCAUGGAGGAAUCGGGUGACUGGAUGGACGGAAUCUUGACCUUUAUGACUAAUUUGGUAACGCCUGAGGAGGAGGAAGAAGAAGUGGAAUGGCAAGCGGUGAAGAAGAAAGGAGAAUUCCUCCCAGCAAGAAAAAAAGUUGCAGCUCUGCAGGCUAAAGAAAUCAUCCAAAAGGAGGAAGAUGUUAAAAAGCUGAAGGAAGAGAAGGCAGAGAAAAAGAAAGAGGAGGAGGAUGAAAAGGAAACCUCUCUAGUGGAGGAGCAGGAAGAAAAAACAGAAGAGGAUGAAGAUGAAAAUAAGGAGGAGGCAGAAGAUGAAGAGGAUGGGGAGGAAAAAGAGGAAAAGGUGGCAGAAGAUGAGGUGGAGGAGGAAAAGGAGGAGAAGGUGGCAGAAAAGAAAAAGAAGAAGAAGGCAGUGGAGAAAAAGGAAAAGAGGCGGAUGAAGACGAUGAAAAGCCUGAUAGAAGUGUGGAUAAAGGUCAAGGCAAGGCAAAAAUAGAAAAA